CGUUUCUUUUACACAAUUCCACCGUCGCGAAAAGAGCAACGUGUGUAAUAAAGCAAUUUUUGUGAUUUGGUUGCGAUUUUCAACAAAAGCAAUUUCAAGUUUUUCUUUUAGUUUUGCAACAGUAUUUGCAACUCUAAAUUCUAAUAAGAGGUGUGUAAUCCAUCUUAAAUCAUAAGGCUAAAAAAGUAGAUUUUUUACGCGCGGCUUUCUAUCAAAGGACAUCUAAAUUUUUGUUUCACAUCGAAAAUGGCCGAAGUUGAGAAAGAGGCACCAGAGAAAACCAUUGCUGAAGAUUUGGUGGUGACUAAAUACAAAUUGGCUGGUGAAAUAGUCAACAAAACUUUGAAGGCUGUAAUUGAUCUCUGCGUGACAGAUGCAUCUGUGCGUGAUGUCUGCACUAAGGGUGACAACCUUAUUAUCGAGGAAACCAACAAAGUAUAUAAGAAAGAAAAGGACCUGAAGAAAGGUAUUGCAUUCCCAACUUGUUUGUCGAUUAAUAAUUGCGUAUGCCACUUCUCACCAUCAAAGAAUGAUCCCGAUUACACACUCAAGGAAGGAGAUGUUGUUAAAAUUGAUCUUGGUGCACAUAUAGAUGGUUUUAUUGCUGUAGCAGCACAUACAAUUGUUAUUGGAGCCUCUAAUGAGAAAAAAGUGACUGGACGCCAAGCAGAUGUUGUUUUAGCUGCAUACUGGUCUGUGCAGGCAGCAUUACGGCUAUUAAAGGCAGGAAAUAGCAAUUACACGAUCACCGACGCCGUACAACAAAUUAGCGAAUCGUACAAGUGUAAACCCAUCGAGGGUAUGCUUAGCCAUGAGUUAAAACAAUUUAAAAUUGAUGGCGAAAAGACUAUCAUACAAAAUCCAAAUGAAAAUCAACGUAAAGAACACGAGAAAUGUAAUUUUGAGACACAUGAAGUUUAUGCUAUCGAUGUAAUAGUGAGCUCUGGAGAAGGCGUUGGUCGUGAAAAGGAUACAAAGGUCUCUAUAUACAAAAAAACGGAUGAAAAUUAUAUGCUUAAACUGAAGGCAUCGCGCGGGCUUUUGCAGGAAGUUAAAACAAAAUAUGGUAAUAUGCCCUUCAAUAUCAGACAUUUCGAUGAAGAAACAAAGGCGCGUAUGGGCGUUGUUGAAUGUGUAUCACACAAGAUGAUCGAACCUUUCCAAGUUCUUUACGAGAAACCAGCUGAAUACGUGGCGCAAUUUAAGCAUACUGUUUUGCUUAUGCCCAACGGAGUCAAUUUGGUUACUGGUAUUCCUUUCACGGAAGAGUACUUCGUUAGUGAGCAUAGCAUAGCCCAGCCAGAACUGAAAGAACUUGUCGCUACACCUUUGCAGCCAAGUAAGAAGGGUAAAGGUGGUGGAAAAAAGAAGGGUGCUGCUGCUUCAGCUGGCACGGACGCGGCUGCCACGACAUCGAAGGUUGAAUCCGCACCGGCAGUGGAGACCAAGGCCUGAAGAGUGUCUGCCGUUACUGCCUUUUAACAAUAAAAACACAAUCUAAUGAUCAAUCAAGAUGAUAUAAGUGAAACCAGCAACAGAAACAACAUAUUAGAAGCAAUAAGGUGUUUAACUAGAAUGGAGCAGAAGUAACAAACACAGCCAUUUUCUCUGAGCCUCUGCCAGAUGUGUGUAGACAUGGGUAGAGGAGAAUUUUAAGAAUUAUUGUGCAUCUGUGUACUCGUGGGUGUAGAGACAGCUAAUGACGACCAUCCAUUUGUCUCUGCACUGAAUUUUUAUUAUUUUAACUGAAACAAGAUAUAAAUAAAAAUAUUAAAAAAUAACAAUAUUAUCGA